AUGAAAACUGGAUUUCUUAAAUUGAAAGAACCGAUUAUUAAUCAACCUUGGGCAAGAAAUAAUGCUUAUUUACUCCUGCUUCAUGCAGGAUACUUGACUCCAUAUGAAUAUAAGCACAAAAUCGAUGUUUUGGUAGUUCCUAAUAAAGAAGUGGGAAGAUAUUUUUACCACAAAAUGCUUAAUGCAUGACUAAAUAUAACAGGAGAAAAUCAAAUUAAUUCUUAUGAUUGGUUAGAAAAAUUUGUUGAAAAUUUAGAGGAUAAAGAUGAAGUUUCAAGAGCGAUACAAGAAGAAAUCCUUGAUAAAAUAACGAUGGAACAUAUAAAAGUGAAAAGUUUUUCCAAACUAUCGUAG